AUGCCCGCCUCCAGCAGCUCAGAAAUUCCUGACUUCCUGACAGAGGAAGAGUGCAAGCUCAUCGUCCAUCUGGCACAGCUGAAGGGGCUGCAGAAGAGCCAGAUCCUUCCAACGGAUGACUAUGAAGAAGCCAUGGAAAUGAUAGAAAUCAGCCAGAUGGACAUUUUCAAUCUGCUGGACCACAAUCAGGAUGGGCAACUGCAGCUCAAAGAGGUGUUGACCCACACCCGGCUUGGGAACGGCAGGUGGAUGACCCCCGAAAACAUCCGGGAGAUGUACACUGCAGUCAAGGCUGAUCCUGAUGGGAACGGUGUACUGAGUUUGGAGGAGUUCAAACAACUGAAUAUCCGUGAUUUCCACAAGUACAUGGGGAGCCAGAAAGUGAAGAUGAGUGACUUGGUGCGCAACAGCCAGCACACCUGGCUGUACCAGGGCGAGGGGGCACACCAGGUCAUGAGAGCCAUACGGCAAAGGGUAAUGCGCCUGACUCGCUUGCCCCCUGAGAUUGUGGAGCACAGCGAGCCCCUCCAGGUUGUGCGGUAUGACCAAGGAGGGCACUACCAUGCCCACAUGGACAGUGGCCCAGUGUUCCCUGAGACUGCCUGCAGCCACACCAAGCUGGUCGCCAAUGAAAGUGCUCCCUUUGAGACCUCCUGCCGGUAUGUGACGGUGCUGUUCUACCUGAACAAUGUGACUGGGGGAGGUGAAACAGUCUUUCCUAUAGCUGAUAACAGGACGUAUGAAGAGAUGUCUUUGAUCCAGAAUGACGUUGACCUGCGAGAUACUCGGAAAAACUGCGACAAGGGCAAUUUGCGAGUGAAACCUCAGCAAGGCACUGCUGUCUUCUGGUACAACUACCUGUCAGAUGGAGAAGGCUGGGUCGGGGAGCUGGACGACUUCGCCCUGCACGGGGGCUGCCUCGUCACCCAAGGCACCAAGUGGAUUGCCAACAACUGGAUCAAUGUGGACCCCAACCGGCGGCGGCAGCUGCAGUUCCAGCAGGAGAUGGAGCGUUACGCGGGGGCUGGCGCCCCGGGAGAGUGGACGGUGGACAAAGCCUACAGCGGGGUGCACCUGGAGCUGUAGGGCCGGGCCGGCCGGCGGAGAGCCCGGCCGCGCGC